AUGUCUAUAACGAACGCGGUCGCGAACGCCGCCGCCGCCGCCGCCGCUGCUGCCGGGACAGGCAAGAAAGCGGCUCAGGUCCAGUUACAGGCUGAACUUAACAAUGAUGAUGAUUGGAACAAGUUCAUACAGCGAGAUGGAUUACUUGUGGUGGAUGUAUACACCGAGUGGUGCGGACCGUGCAUUGGAAUGGUGGGGAACCUGAAGAAGAUCAAGGUGGAGAUCGGAGGCGACAACCUGCAUCUGGCAGUAGCGAAAGCAGACACCAUCGAAUGUUUGAAGAGAUUCAGAAAUCGUAGUGAACCAACUUGGAUGUUUCUUGCGGGUGGGCAGUUAAUAAACGUAGUUUUUGGCGCUGACGCACCACGUUUAGCCCGAACUAUCGUCGAGGAACUCAAAAAUGAGGAAUUAGUAAAGAAAGGGGAAAAAGAGCGGCCUAAACGAGCGCCUCACGAACUCACUCCUCCAGAACAGGAAGUCGCAUUAGCUCAAGAGAAGCUAAAUGAACAACGUCGAGAGAAAGAAGCUGCGGCGGCUAAGACAGCGCGAAUCGAAAGGCGGGAAGCGAGAGCCAAGCGACUUGAAAUGCACUUUACAGAUGUAUGUCCAGCACUCAUGAUGCCACAUGCGCAGAAAAACCUUAGAAAAGUUUCGGACGCCCUUGAACCUUAUGGUGUGCUAAUCGCUGAUAAGUGCCCCCUCGUCCUUGGCAAGCAUGGAGCAAAAAUACUGGCGAUGGAAGAUCCCGAAUUCGAAAACGCUGAAGCAGCGGCUCAGCUCAUUGAAAGGCCAUCACUAGCGUUGUUGCUCAAGAAGUUACCAGACAGGGAAGGCAAUAUAAUUGAAAUAGCACGUCGAGCUUUAUUUGGUGAAGGCUUGGAGGAUGAAGAACAAUCAAAGAAAAUUCCAUCAGAGGAAUUGAAGUUUAACGGAGUACCGGGUUUAUUUGUGCCCGCAGACCGUCACCAAAGAGCUUCUGUCCUAGAUCUGCUAUUUCCCAAGCUGGUCGGUGGUUUAGUUGAACCUCCAGCGUUACCAGAUCCUCCUCACAUCGCGAUGGUAUUCGGAGCGUGGCAGCGCAGAGCAGUCUUAACCAUAGCAUCCACGCCUAAGUUAGCGCCCAGAAUUCUACGGUACGGAUUCUUUGCGGACGCGAACAUUGAAGAGCCCAAGUUGCUUUGCAAAACCGUCGAAAAAUAUGAAGAAAGAAUUGAUAAAGACUAUUGUGAGACAAUAGUUGUGAUGAUAGCCGUCGGAGUAGCUGAACCAGCGCUAGUAGAUCCUAAGGACAUCCCGCCCGAAGGUCCUCCAGAGGAACUAAUGGCGCUGGGUCCACUGCAUGUGAGCGAGGACACGGUAGUAGGGGCCGAAGAAUGUGAGAGGUUCUUCCCACCAGGGUAUAGUGAACCAGAGCAUAAGCCGAAGCCAAAGACCAAGAAAAAGAAGAAGAAGCGUCAUGAAACUAAAGAGGAUACAAUGGACGAGAGCAGUGAAGCGCCUAACGAUAACAUCGAGGAGGCCGGCGGAGACGCGUCUGCGGACGGGGAGGGAGAGGGAGACGGGGAGUUAGAGGGAGACGGGGAGGAUGAGGGAGAUGAGGAAGACAAGCUUAUUGAUAAGGCUACUUCUCCACCUCCCAUUGCAACAUAGAUGACAUUAAAAAAAUUAGCUAAAAGCGAUAUUCAUUAUUGUGUUAGAAUUGGAUAUGUCAUAUUUCAGAAAGUCACAUAGUGCUGUAUAAAUUCGUUUCAUAUAAUUUCAUAUGACACACACGCAAAAUAACAGCUAAUACAUGCAUAUGUAUGAAUUAAUUAAUUAAUUUACUGUGGUUGUACGUGUGUAUGAGUUUA